AUGGAUUUGGUUUCUCGUUGCCAGGAGAAAUUGGUAUAUUUUCGUGUAAAAGAUCUCAAAGAUGUGCUUACUGAGGUAGGACUUUCAAAGCAAGGAAAGAAGCAGGAUCUUGUUGAUAGGAUAUUAUCUAUUCUCACAGAUGAACAAGUUUUCAAAAUAUGUGCCAAGAAGAAGAAUGUUCUUGGAAAAGCAGAAGUGAUGAAGUUAGUGGAUGACACAUAUAGAAAACUACAGGCAUCUGGAGCCACUGAUCUAGCAUCAAAGGGGCAGGGUGCUUCAGACAGAACUAAUGCGAGAAUUAAAGGUGAAGUUGAUGAUUCCUUUCUAGCAGAUAUGAAGGUUCGCUGUCUCUGUGGGAGUUCAAUGGAAACAGAUCUACUGAUCAAGUGUGAAGAUACAAAAUGCCCCGUCUCUCAGCAUCUCAACUGUGUUGUUAUUCCGGAUAGACCCAGUAAAGGAAUGCCACCAAUCCCGGAUACAUUUUAUUGUGAAACAUGCCGUCUCAGUCGAGCAGACCCGUUUUCGGUUUCAAUGACACACCCUUUAUUUCCAGUGAAGUUGACUACAACCCGUAUUCCAACUGAUGGAUCCAAUCCCGUGCAGAGUCUUGAGAAAACAUUUCUAAUUACCAGAGCAACCAAGGACUUAGUAUUAAAAUCGGAUUUUGAUAUUCAGGCUUGGUGUAUGCUUCUGAAUGACAAAGUUUCAUUCAGGAUGCAAUGGCCACAACAUACAAACCUACUGGUCAAUGGCUUUGAUGUUCGUGCAAUUAAUAGACCUGGUUCUCAGUUGCUUGGGGCUAAUGGUCGCGAUGAUGGCGCAAUUAUCACGUCAAAAAUAAAAGAAGGAAUUAACAAGAUUUCUUUGACGAGCUGUGACACUCGCAUUUUCUGUUUUGGGGUCCGCAUUAUUAAAAAGCGCAGCGUGCAACAGAUCCUGAACAUGAUUCCAAAGGAGUUCAAUGGUGAGCGUUUUGAAGAUGCUCUUGCACGCGUUUGUUGUCGUGUUGGGGGUGGAAAUUCUGCAGGCGAAGCUGAUAGUGACAGUGAUCUGGAAGUGGUUUCAGAUACUAUUAGCAUCAACCUUCGUUGUCCAAUGAGUGGUUCAAGAAUAAAGGUUGCAGGAAGAUUCAAACCUUGUGUUCACAUAGGUUGUUUUGAUCUUGAAGUUUUUGUGGAAAUGAAUCGACGUUCAAGAAAGUGGCAAUGCCCCAUAUGUCUCAAAAACUACGCUCUGGAGAAUAUCAUUAUUGAUCCUUAUUUCAACCGCAUCACUUCUAUGAUGAAAAACUGUGGGGAGGAGUUUACUGAGGUGGAGGUGAAGCCUGAUGGUUAUUGGCGUGUCAAGGCUAAGAAUGAAAGUGAACGCCGUGAGUUAGGGAAUCUUGCUGAAUGGCACUCUCCUGACGGUUCCCUCUCUGUUUCUACUAGUGGAGAAGACAAGAGAGUGGAAACUUUGAAUGUCAAAAAGGAAGGGGUUUCAGACAGUCCUACCGGCAUAAAACUAGGCAUUAGGAAAAAUUGUAAUGGAGUUUGGGAAGUUAGCAAACCCAAGGACACAAACACCUCUUCUGAUGAUAGGUCGAAUGCGGAUUUAGGAAAUAAUGAAGUUGUGGUUAUUCAGAUGAGCAGCAGUGGCACUGGAAGUGGAAUGGAUGGCGAUGAUCAAAGUGUAAAUCAGAGCGGCGGUGGGCAUGUAGAAUAUUCUACUACCAAUGGGAUUGAGUUAGAUUCUUUGUGUCAUACUAAUGCUGGUUCAACUUAUGGAUAUACUAUUCCUAACACUUCUGCUCCAAUGGCUAAUGCAGAAGUUAUUGUUCUUAGUGAUUCUGAAGAUGAUGAUAUAUUAUUAUCUCCUACAGCUGGUUGCAAUAAUAAUCAAACUGACGAUCCAGUUGAUGCUUACUCAGUGCCUCCACCUGGAAUUAUUGAUCCAUAUGCAGAAGAACACAAUAUUGGUGGAAAUCCAUGCUUAGAAGUUUUUGGUAAUCCCAGUGAAGGUGAUUUUGGGAUUCCCUCCCUCUGGCCAUUGCAUUCUGAAACUCAGGCAACCUCGGGAUUCCAACUAUUCAGUUCUGAAGUGGAUGUGUCUGAUGCAUUGAUCCAUGGUGAUAUUAAUUGCUCCUCAUCACUGAAUAGUUAUACAUUGGCUCCAAACACUGGUUUGGGAUCUAAUACUCUAAUACUUAAUUCAUCCACUGGUCCACCUGACACUGAUUUAAAUGGUGGCUUAGUUGACAAUCCAUUGGCAUUUGGUGGAGAGGAUCCGUCGCUUCAGAUUUUUCUCCCUACAAGACCAGCAGAAUCAUCUGUGCAGCAUGAAUUAAGAGAUGACAAUGGUGUGUCAAAUGGUGUAUAUACAGAGGAUUGGGUCUCUCUUAGGCUUGGGGGUGGGGCUGGUGGCAGUAAUGGUGAUACUUCAACACCAAAUGAUUUGAAUUCCAGACCGCAGAUUACAUCCAGAGAAGAUGCUACCGAUUCUUUAACUGAUACUGCUUCUUUGCCUCUUGGUAUGAGCGAUGCCGGGUCUGACAAAGAAAGUAGGAAAAGAUCACAUGGCCCUUUCUCAUUUCCCCGUCAAAAACGUUCAGUAAGGCCCCGCUUGCAUCUUUCUAUUGAUUCAGAUUCAGAGUAG